AUGGACAACGAACAAACGGAGAUUGUGGAAAUUCAUGAUCAACAGCCUUCGCUGGAUAAUUAUGAUGAAACUUCUGAUGAAGCUUCUGAUGAAACCAAUACCAAUGACUCUAGGGAGGGCAGCAACACAGGAAAAGGAAGAUUUCAAAAGGUGGCGAAAAGAGUCAUCAGUCUUAAUCGAAUAUUAACAGCUGAGAACAUUUGGUCGGCCGGGCAAGAUCCGGGGAUUGAUGCAUACACAGCGGAUUCUAACAUUUAUGUAAGUGAAGGUAAGCAGUCACUUGAGGCAAAAUUUUUGAAUAUCUACUCAUGCAAUUCUCCAUUUGCAGAGGGUCAAUCGAAAACCGAAUUAACGAACGGAACUCUGUCCGAAUUUCUAAAGCAAGAGAGACCGAAAGAUAGCAAAGUACGAUGGAUUAAUGUGGAUGGGAUCUCUUGGGACGUUGUAAAAGUUCUUGCGAUCCACUACGAUCUGCAUCCCUUAAGUGUUGAAGACAUCAUGCAAGGCUCUCAGCGCGUAAAAAUGGAUCCAUACCAUAACCACAUCUAUGUAUCAUUAUUACUCCAUAUUCUCGAUGAAAUGGAUGACGUAAGAAAUUCGGGAAGGGAUUCUAUGACCUUUGAAUCUAAUAAUUUUCGUCGAAGAUCAAUAUUACGUGCCCAAUCACGUAUAAACUUGUUACAACAUGGACAUCGCGAGGGAAGCAGAUAUCUAGAGGCUCACAAAGAAUUACGCAAGAUGAAACUUUCCGUUGCCGUAGAACAAGUUAAUAUUAUUUUACGUAAUGAUGGCACGCUGAUAACCAUAUUCCAGCAUAGCGGAAAACUUGUAUACAACCCAAUUUUAUCGCGAAUUGACCAUCCGAAAACAAUACUGCGAACUUCGCAGGAUGCAAGCCUGUUGAUGGAGGCUGUUAUUGAUGCGAUCGUUGAUUUAGCUCUUCCUAUAAUUGACUCCUACCGACAUCAAAUAGCAGAACUAGAAGGCAAAUUGUUAAUUCAACCAAAGAUAGAUUAUAUGCGUGAACUUCACAUGAUUUCUGGAGAAUUGGCACUCCUUAAGAAGACAUUGGCACCUGUUAAAGGGCUAGUGUCCAUUCUAACGAAACACGGCGACAAAUCUCUUCUAUCGGAAGUGGCCAAAGUUUAUUUCAGUGAUGUUUCGGAUCACUGUAUUGACAUUGAAGAUAAUUUAGAAGCAAUGUUCAAAAUUACCGAAAAUUUGGUUUUCAAUCUUAUCGCCUAUGAUACAAAUCAAAAUAUGGCUAUUAUUGCUAUCAUAUCUAUCGUUUUUUUGCCAAUGACGUUUAUUGCAGGAUUCUUUGGAAUGAAUUUUGUGAAUUUCCCGGAGUUGCAAUUGCCAUUAAGGCAUUUAUUUCUGGUUGGUGACAGGCAUCAGUUCAGGCGGGAUGUUUGUGAUGUUUACCUCUCGCAUGUGGUCCAAGUGGAUUAUAAGAUCCUACAGAAAUUAUCAAAGAAAGAAACUAAAUGCAUUAUAUGA